AUGUUUAACAAGGAGGAUGACAUUGGCACCUAUACCAUUAAAGCUGUGGAUGAUCCAAGGACCCUGAACAAAAUUAUGUACAUCAGACCUCCUGCCAACGCCUACUCAUUUAAUGAUCUCGUGUCUUUGUGGGAGAGAAAGAUCGGCAAGACCCUGGAGAGGGUUUACGUUCCAGAGGAGCAAGUUUUGAAGAACAUUCUAGAGGCAGCAGUUCCGCUCAAUGUGAUAUUGGCAAUAUCUCAUUCCAUUUUCGUGAAAGGAGACCAAAACAACUUUGAGAUUGAGCCAUCGUUCGGCGUGGAAGCUUCAGAGCUCUAUCCCGACGUCAAAUACACGACUGUGGAUCAGUACCUUGAUUAA